AUGGGAGGAGGCCCGCAUGUUAAUGCUAGUGAUUCUGAAGGUAAUAGUAUGCUUCAAGAGAGAGACCAUCUCUGCUAUGCAUUUUCUGAAGGAACAAAAAAGCUGGAGAGUAUAGUGUACGAGCAACGGAAUGCGUUGGAGAAUGAGAAACGAAGGCUUCAUUCAUGGAGCGAAGAACUUACUAAGCGUGAAGCAUUAAUCGAACGUGAGAGAUUAAAACUUCAUGUCGAGAAUAAGAUGGCUAAAGUCAAGAACUCGGCCAUAAAAUCUCGUUAUGGGAUUUACGUGGAUCUGUUCAAGCAUGAACAGAGAGAAAAGGAGGCAGCCCUCCAGAAGGUUGUCGAACUUGAGAGGAGUUUCGAACAUGAGAAGCAAAGACUGGAACUGGAAAUUGAACUACUUGAAGCGAAGUUAGAGAUGAUGAAAAAAGUGGGAGAUGCUGAUGGGAAUUGUGAUGAUAUUUGCCAAAAGAUAGAGAUGAUGUCUAAGCCGAGUCAGGAGGCAUUCAAAAAGCUGAUCGUGGGAUUGUAUAAUUUGCUGAUCAUUAGCAGCAAUCACGUAAUGGGGACAAAAAGAGUAGCUAAAAUAGAUACAAAAGACUUCGGAAAUGCAUGCAGCCUAAGGUUCCCACUCGAACAACCUGAGAUCAUGGCCGACGAACUUUGCUCCUUGUGGCAAGAGAAGCUGAAAAAUCCAGAAUGGAACCCAUUCAAGUUCGUUGAAUACAAAAGAUGGGAGCCUCAGUGGGUGGUGAACAAGGACGACGAGUUGUUACGUGGCCUUGAGUAUAAAUGGGGACAUGAAGCCUAUGAUGCUGUUAUUACAGCCUUAAAAGUACUUCAAAGUUAUGACCCAAUGAGUGGAUCUUUUGUUGUGCCCCAGCUAUGGAGCUUUAUGAAGAACAAGGCGGCCACUUUAGAGGAAGUUGUUCGCUACAUAAUUGUCCAGUUAAGGACAUUCAAGCGCAUGUAA